UUCCAAGACUUCCAACACAAUGUAAGAAUUUGAUUUGUUGGCUUUGACCCAUAAGGCUUUAGAAAAGAACACCAAUCAUGAUGUGCUCCUUUUGCUUCCAGAACCUCUAAGCCUCUCUGAGCUUCAUGUCCAAGAAAAGGGUUGUUGAUGCACAAUUGCUGGAGACAAGUGUUUAUACAACCCCAGCCAGCACUUGGUCUGACUGUUGCCAUUUCUGCAGUGUAGCUCAGUGAUAACGUGGGAAGGCAAUAGCCUGAGUUGAGCCUUGGGGAAGAUGGUUUGGCAGAUUUCCUUUCUCUGCUUCCUGGCAGUGUCAGCUCACUUGGAACCAGAGCAGAUCCACCUGGCCUUCGCAGGUCAGGAUGCUUCCGGUUACCCGAGUGGCAUGACUGUGUCUUGGUUCACCAGGAGCGAACCCAAGGACAGCACUGUUCAGUAUGGGGUCUCAGCCAGCCAAUUGGAUCAGUCGACAACAGGCCAUGUCAAGCAUUACAUGGCCAACGAAGGCUUCCAUUCUCAUGCUGAGAUCUUGGGCUUGAAGCCGAGCACCAAGUACUUCUACCGUGUGGGUAGUGCGCAUGACAGCAAGUGGUCAGAGGUCUUCAGCUUCACCUCUGCCUCAAGGGAUGCAGAGGGGCGCAUCUCCUUGGCGAUCUUCGGGGACAUGGGCUAUGAGAGCAGCGAAGAACGUCCUAUGGUGAUUACCUUGCACGGCUUGGAGAAGAAAUGGUCUGCAAAGGAGAGUCGCGAGACCUUGGAAAAGUGGAAGGAUGAGAAAUCCAUCGAUUUCAUUUGGCAUCUUGGAGAUAUUGGCUACAUGGAUGAUUCCUACGCGCAUUCACCGGUGAGGUUCACUUAUGAGACUGCCUACAACGGGUACAUGAACUGGCUUCAAAAUCUGACUUCCAGCAUGGCCUACAUGGUCACUGCAGGCAAUCACGAGUCGGAAUGCCACAGUCCUGUAUGCGUCGUGGAUCCAUUCUUGGGCCGUGCACUCAUGAACUUCACUGCGUACAACCACCGUUGGCACAUGCCUUCCCGCAGCAGCGCCGGGCGUGCCAACAUGUGGUACAGCUUCAACGUGGGCCCCAUCCACUUUGUGGCCUUGAAUACCGAGACAGACUUCCCUGGUGCUGAGGAGUCCAAAACUGGUGACGGUCACAUCUCUUGGUUGAAAGCAGGGCACUUUGGCGCGGAAGGUGAGUACCUCCGAUGGCUCGAGGCGGACUUGAAGGCAGCGAGGGCUGCCGGCAAGAAGUGGAUCGUCGCUGGAGGUCACCGGCCCUUGAUGCGCCUCAAACACUCGGGGAUGAUUGAGCUACUGGAGAAAUAUGAGGUGGACUUCUAUUUCGCAGGCCACGCACACAGGUAUUGGCGUGAUCCUCCGUCCGGUGACAUCAAUGCCUCAUCCAGCUUUUACAAGGACCCCAAGGGCUACAUUCAGAUUGUGUCUGGUGGGGCAGGCUGUGAUGAGAUGGCAUACAAGGUUGCUCCCCAGUGCUCUGCAGGUGAGGCUUGCGUUCCAAGCGAGCACAAAGCGGAUGACCCGGAAAGGACUUCCGAACUGAACCCAGUGUACGCCACAGACGUGCUGUCCAUGGGCCGUUUGAAUGUGGUGAACUCUACCACGAUGCACUUUGAGUUGGUGGACUCCAAGCAUGGCCAGAUUUUGGACCAGAUCUGGGUGACCAAGACCGCAAAGGUGUCGACCUACCUCGUGUGAUGGACUCACGUCGAUGAGCGCCUCAGCACUUGUUUUUGCUUUGCGUUGGAAUCUAUGAAUCUGACAGGUCAGAAUUUGCAGGUCUUUGGUUUUGUUUGGAACCGAAAUGUCCAGCGCAGAUCCCAUUUGAAGAGUUUUGCAGGCCAAACAUCUCAGGUCGUCUCAACGGCUUUGCCUCUUAAAGUAGCAGAGCAGUUUGGGACAGCCAAUGAUUUGCUUACAUACAUGAGCCAACCUUCAUCGGUUGGCUCACUUGCUUGGUAGAGUCAGCGUGUUGUGCGUCACUUGGACACAGGCAGGCAGGCGACCAAGCAAAAAA